AUGGCGACCACCGUGGACAAGAUCAAGGACAUCGAGGCCGAGAUGGCCAAGACCCAGAAGAACAAGGCCACAUCCUUCCACUUGGGUCAACUCAAGGCCAAGCUUGCGAAAUUGAAGAAAGAGUUGCUAACACCCUCAGGCGGUGGCGGUGGAGGGACGGGUGUGGGCUUCGAUGUCGCGAGGACUGGUGUGGCAUCCGUGGGCUUCAUCGGCUUCCCUUCGGUGGGCAAGUCGACGCUCAUGUCAAGACUCACGGGUCAACACUCCGAGGCGGCUGCGUAUGAAUUCACGACUUUGACGACGGUGCCUGGGCAGGUCAUAUACAACGGUGCGAAGAUUCAGAUGCUGGACCUCCCGGGUAUCAUUCAAGGAGCCAAGGAUGGCAAGGGUCGAGGAAGACAGGUCAUUGCUGUGGCGAAGACGUGCCAUUUGAUCUUCAUCGUGCUGGACGUCAACAAACCCUUGACGGAUAAGCGGGUUAUUGAGACGGAGUUGGAGGGGUUUGGGAUCAGGAUCAACAAACAGCCUCCGAAUAUCAAGAUCACGAAGAAGGAUAAGGGUGGUAUUUCCAUUACUUCGACUGUCAACUUGACGCACAUCGACAACGACGAGAUCAAGGCUGUGAUGAACGAAUACCGCAUGGCGAACUGCGACAUUGCUAUCCGCUGCGAUGCCACCGUCGACGACCUCAUCGAUGUUAUCGAAGCGAAGAGCCGCUCUUACAUCCCCGUCAUCUACGCCCUCAACAAAAUCGACGCCAUCAGCAUCGAAGAGCUCGAUCUCCUCUACCGCAUCCCCAACGCUUGCCCCAUCAGCUCCGAGCACGGCUGGAACGUCGACGAGCUCAUGGAGCAGAUGUGGGAGAAGCUGAAUCUCAAGCGGGUCUACACCAAGCCUAAGGGCAAGCUGCCGGACUACACUGCGCCAGUCGUGCUGCGGAGUUCAGCGUGUACGGUCGAGGACUUCUGUAAUGCCAUUCACAAGACCAUCGUGGAGCAGUUCCGGGUGGCGAUUGUGUAUGGACGAAGUGUGAAGCAUCAACCGCAGAGGGUGGGGUUGUCGCAUGAGUUGACGGAUGAGGAUAUUAUUACGAUUAUCAAGAAGUGA